AUGGAGUUACCCCAGAUCCAUGACCGCCGCAAAAUAAAAAAUCACGACGGCGACAUAUAUGAUUUAAUCAAUGAGGACGAUCGUGUGUAUGGCAUAAACACGAUAGGGUACCCGACCGCGGAGAGACCUGUGAAUUUCCACAGAGAGGUGGAUUCACAGACGUCUGACGCGGAGAUAGAAGAGUGGUUCAAAGAAUGUCGCACCACGGUAGGCGAAGCUGCGGCUACUGAGAGCGAAAGGAUGAACGCGAAGAGGUUAAUCUACACCUGGCGCGAUAUCUUCGAGGAUGACUUGGGAAGUAUACCAGAGUGCCGGAUUGCUCUACACUAUAUCCCGACAUACCCUGGUUCAAUACCACACAAGGCGACGAAUCCGCUAUACACGGCAGAAGAAAUGGCCUGGAUGCGAGAGAACCUGCCUAAGAUGUGCGAUUCAGGCAUAUUGACGGUAUCAAAUUCGCAAUGGUCGAGCAAGCCUAAAUUCGUACGCCGGAAGAAUGGGACCCUGAGAAUGGUGCAUGUCUUCUGUAGGCUGAAUAAGGCGACCAUCAAGCUCAAUACGCCAAUGAAGAGAAUCGAACCGAUACUGCACAAUCUGAUGCAAAGUCGGUUCAAAUGCUACUGGCAGGCCGACGCGUCAGUAGGAUAUUGGGGAGUCCCUCUCGCAAGAGAGCACGCCUACAAGACCGCCUUCAACACCCCGCUAGGUCAAUUCUGCUACCUUCGCAUGGGUAUGGGCCUGUCUGGUGCAGCGCACACCUACGCGAGGAUGAAAGACAUCUUGACGGGACCGAUUCCCUCUCCGCAUGCUGAGGCGGGGAUUUCGGGGUCAUAG